UGAAGUGCAGAGUUCCAGACGCGAUGGCAAGAACCAAGCAGACCGCUCGUAAAUCCACCGGUGGUAAAGCGCCGAGGAAGCAGCUCGCCACUAAGGCUGCCCGCAAGAGCGCCCCGGCUACUGGCGGUGUGAAGAAACCUCACCGUUACAGGCCAGGUACCGUGGCUCUGCGUGAAAUCCGCCGUUAUCAGAAGUCCACUGAGCUGCUCAUCCGCAAGCUGCCCUUCCAGCGCCUGGUUAGAGAGAUCGCUCAGGACUUUAAGACCGAUCGGCGGAUUUCACGCAGAGCCACGGUACCUGGCCUGUAACGGUGAGGUUUCUUCACACCGCCAGUAGCCGGGGCGCUCUUGCGGGCAGCCUUAGUGGCGAGCUGCUUCCUCGGCGCUUUACCACCGGUGGAUUUACGAGCGGUCUGCUUGG